AUGGCUUUUGCUGGUGCCACUGAGGAUACUUUUCAAUUAUUGAAAGAAAGGUUUGCCGAUUGUGCCCAAAUGGAAAUAUCAAUUAGUUUUCGGGUCCCGGAAGAAAUCGCGGCGAUGGCGAAUGAUUUCACUCGGAAAUUUAUGCCGCACAAACCAAAAUUAACUACUAAUCAAACCAAUGGUGGAAAAAAGCCGGUGAGAAUUUUGGAUGAGGAAAGAUUUGCAGAAAGUUUAACCGAAGAAGAAAUCCAUGAAUUUACUCGGCAAAUCGACCAACAGUUAACCGAAAAAGAUAUUGAAAAUACUGGCAAAACUAUUCUUUCUACUAUUCACAAAGCCAAAGGGUUAGAGUUUGAUUAUGUUUUUGUCAUUGCCGUGGAUGAUGGAAUAUUACCCAAUGAAACCAAAAGACAAGAAAAAGAAUGUUCGCGGUUUAUUAAGUGUUUAAACCCUAAUUUAAUUGAAUUGCGGCCGAGCAAUUUGCGAUUAGUGCCAACCAACUCGGAUCGAAACCACCAUACAACUUUGGUCGGCUCAGUAGCCGAAAUAAUUGGUGAAAAAGGCGAAGAAGAA